AAACUUACAUUAUGGCCAGACCGAAACCCCAAAGUAUACUUGAUCUUCAUCAACUCGCUACCAAAGGUUAUAUUGACGAGGAGGACCUUGAAAAAUCCUGUAAAAAUCCGUACACACCACUCCAUAAAGCAGUGUUAAAGGGAGACGUGAAAGAAUGUGCAGCACUGGCCUCGAAUGUCGAGUUCCUUAGUUCCGGAGAUUUACGUGGGGAUUCCCCGCUCCAUUUAGCCGUACGCUGGAUAAAUUCUAAAGGCGUGGAACUAAUGAAUGUGUUAACGUCAUGUGGUGCUGAUGUUAAUAUAAAAAACAAAUGGGGACAGACUCCGCUUCAUUACGCUGUAUUUUUGGAAUCCCAAAACAACGUAGCGUUUCUUCUUGAUCAACAAAACAUUGAUGUGAAUACAGCGGACAUCAAUGGGUACACACCGUUGCACUGUUGCUUUCCAUUUAGCACCGAGUCCAACAUCGACGAUCCAUAUACUCUCAAAGAACAAUCUACAACUGUGGAUAUUGUAUAUAAGUUAAUUAUAGUAGGAGCGGACAUAAAAGCGCAGACUAAGUAUGGAGAUAGCAUAUUACACCUUAUAGCAAAACGAGAUGACAAUACGCCUCUCCUAAAACAUAUCUUUGAUAACUACGUUACAUCAAAUCUUGAUUUGCAUCUGCAAAAUUUGAAAGGCGAGAAUUUCCUUCAUGUGUUCAUGAUCAAUGAGGUCUUUGAAAAUGUUAUUGAAAUCAUUGACUUCAUUGAUAUCAAUUUUAUCAAAAAUACCGUCAAAGCUUUGCUGAACAGUACAGAUGUACGCGGACGUGCACCAUGGGCCUACAUGAUUGACACCUUCAACAUAGACGAGAAUUCACUUGCCCGGCUUUAUAGUCUGCAUGCUGACUUUGGGAUCUCCGAUAAUUUAGGGAACACAGCAGUACACAGAUUAGCAGGUGUAUCCACUAUAUAUAACGACAUUUUGGAAUUUCUGUUGUUCGCAAAUGUUGAUGUAAAUGCCAAAAAUGUCUACGACGAGUCGGCAGCCUCUGUGUUUUUCCUUGAGCACGUGUUUGAUAGUCUAUUUAGAUAUGGCAUCGAGUUAAAUACUCAGGAUCGCUGGGGUAGAACCCCGCUGAUGUCUUUAUUGAAACAUAGACCAAUACCUGAACUCAUAAGGAAAAUUAUAACUAAAGGAAAAGUAGAUGUGAAUGCACGUGAUGCUAAUGGUACCACACCACUACAUCUCGCAGCUUAUCACAACUUUGAAGAACAAGUUGAACUUUUGUUAGAGUGUCAGGCUGAUGCAUUUGCUGUAGAUAGUCUAGGAGACAAACCAAUUGAUACUGCUAGGAGACACUGCAGUUAUCGAUGUUUUAAACAAUUAGCAUAUACUGAAAAAAUGGAAGUGCUUUACACACGUAUACAAUCUUUUGAAGACCUUCUUCUUGAUAUGCCGACAUCCAUUUGUAGCUCUGAGAUCAAAACAAAAGAAAAUAUAAAAAGUGUGUUGCACCUCCCUAGCAUACGUAGUGACUUUUAUGAAUACCUACUGAACAGAUUUUACAAAAGCAGUCCUGAAAACACCAAAGUAAUAAUGGAAAUAUCUGAAGAGGUAUUGAAAACAGUGCAAACCCUUUGUUCAGUUAUUGAAACGUACGAUAAAAGAUUCAAGAUGUCCGUUUUUCGAACAGGGUCGUCAGUAGAAGGCACCAAAGUUGGUCCUCCAGAUGAAUUUGAUUUUGCAUUAUGCAUUGAGGAGCUCAAGAAAAUAACGGACAUUAUUCUGACUAAGGAAUGCGCUGAAAAAGGAUUUGCUUGUCUAAAAUUCUUACAAAAGCCUGUACCAGAUGAAUACCAAGAGUUUGCAGACAACGAAGAAUACUUUCUUGCGUUUCCAUUCCUGAAACUAUUUGAAGGUUAUUUGAAACGCGCUUUGAAUGAAAGAAAAGUUUGGUCUAAUGGCAACCUCUACUUCCAUUAUGAGGACAAGAUGCAUGUCAUUCGUGGAAAGCCCGUUUUUAAUUUCAGUGUUUACUGGAUUGGUACAGUAUACAAACAACUAAAGAUCAGCAUUGACUUGGUUCCUGUCGUAUACAAUCCUGGAUGGUGGCCCGCAAAUGUGAAAUUCCCCGACUUUCUAGCUAUGUGUAAUGAGGUUAGGAAAGCAGGCUGUUUCCUUAUUCUACAAACACGUGUAAAUGAUUUUAGUUCCAAGGCCCUAUGGAAAGGUGACGACAUUUUUCAAACCUGUAACACAGCUAGGGAUGAGAAGACGAGGAGAAUGCUCCGUGUAUCGGCUGCACCUGCUGAGAUUGCUUUGAUGAGAACACUCCCUGAUCCAUUUAGGUUUGCGUAUAAAUUGACCAAAAUUGUUAAAAGUAAGGUCUGUCCUCAAAUUGAGAUUGAUGUGAUUCCGUCACCGCUCUAUACAAUCCAUGAGAGUUGCCCAUCAACCCUUCCCACGCCAUCAAGAGCUAUAUGUUAAAGAAUUGUGCAUUCUAUCUAUGGUUAGAAAUGUACAGUUCUAUUCAGAUAGCAGAAACGACAGAUUCAUACGUAGAUCUUGCUGGGCGUAUCUAUGAAUACCUGUUAAAUCUCUCGGAUCAACGAUAUCUUAAUCCG